AAAGAAAGGAUUUUAAGGAAUCAGCUGUUAUUAAACUAGGGGAGUCCGCAACACACGGAAAUUCAUAUAUAGGAAAUCUCCAUCAGGCAGUUUUUGUUUGCAUCUUUUUUUUUCUUUCGGAGCGCCCCGAAUCCGAGGACGCCAUCUAGUCUCGGCGAUCCUCGCGCUCGGCGACUCCGUUAUUAUUAGCCGUCUGCUCCGCUGUGCAGGCUGGUGGUUUGACGUAUGUGAGACAAACAGCAGGAUGCCGACGUGCGUGGGGCCCGCGCCGAUGAGCCCUCGCGAACCGCUGUCGUCCGUCGCGGCUUUGGCAGAGGCGAAGCGUCGGACGCGGUGCCGUCGGCCGCGUUGAUCAGUGUGGGGCCCGCUUCGCGACGACGCGCGACAUUCACAACAGGGAUAUAUCUUGCGGUGCGGCGUCGCGAGAAGCAGUGCUGCGAACGGCUGAUUGACCAGCGGGGGUCACGGCCAGAGAUAACAAACUUAUUCGGGCCUUCUAUCGAUCGCGGCGGAGAUCCCGCCGUCAGCGGUUGCGUGGGACAUCUCGUCUGACCUGGUCAUCUUGGAUGCGUAUGUGAACAUAUGUAUUUAUCGGGCCUACCAUUCGGAUGAGCAAUAUUGCUCUCAGCUGUUUUCAAACGGUAUGUAAAAACUUAACAUAAAAAGAUUCUGGAGUGGAGGACAGAUGGACUGUAAUUGCUGAAGUCAUGCGUCAAGUUAUACAAAUCGUUCGCGCGAAAGUGGACGUUUAAGAACGUGAUUUUUGCACUGUGACUGGCCUACUACCGAAUAUACGAAGUCUAGCAGAAAUUUCUGAAAAUGUCGGGCGGAGAGAGGAAGAAGCGAGGCGGCGAUCGAGGGCACGGAUGGGAGGAGGCCGGCGCCGAGUUCUAUCAGGAGAGUUAUCCCGUGGUCAUGGAGGCGGAUCUGCAACAGGCGCUGCAGAGGGAUCCAUCGCACAUAGCGACUCUACUUCCGAGCAAGAAGUCCCGCGUCGCCACGGCGAAACGAAUUCGCAACGACACGAAGACCACGCUGCGGAGGCGUACGAGCACCAGAUCCCGCGGCACCACGACCUCGAGGCGUAUGUCGACCAACAUACACGACGCGGCUGUGUCGAUGCUGCCGGAUCUGUCGGAGAACUUGUCCAACGAGGAGCGCACCUGGGAGGAGAUUAUGCAGAUCAAGGCCAUGCCCGUGUGCAUGUCUCAGAAGAUACAGUUGAAGAAUCAGUUGCAGAGUGCUACGAAACUGAGACUUCAGGGCUUCGAGCAGCUGAAAUGGCAGCGCAGGAAAGCUUGGCAGCAGUUCCGCAUCAGGAUGAAGGAGGCCUGGUCCAAGAUGGAGCUGUGGAACGACAGUCUCAAGAAGAUAGGCGGCAACUUCGGGAUGGGCAUAGUAGCGUACUUCUUAUUUAUCAAGUGGCUGAUGUAUCUGAAUCUGCUCCUGUUCGCGAUUAUAUUCCUGCUGAUCGUACUGCCGGCGAUAGUGCUGGAGGUGCCGGAGAGCGAGGCGUGCACGUCGAGUAACGCCGCCAGCGUGGCCUGCUGCUCCGAGUUGUACAGGAAUAAGACCAACGAGAGUAGCAGCACUAUCACCAAGAUCGUGCAGGACGGCGGUAUACUGGAGUACACCCUGCUGUUCUACGGCUCGUACACGCACAAGAUCUACGAGAGUGUAGGCGCCAAUUUCUACUACAACUCGCCGCUGGCCUACGUCUGCGCGAUCGUCGGCGUCUUCGUCGUCAGCCUGGUGGCGAUCGUACGUUCGGCCGCCAAGGGUUUCCGCGAGAGAGUCGUCGAGGGCGAGGGCCAGUUCUAUCGGUACUGCAAUUUGAUAUUCGGCGGCUGGGACUACUGCAUCAACAACGAGAGAUCCGCCUCCAUAAAGCACAAGGCGUUGUACAACGAGAUGAAGGCGUUUCUCGAGUCGGAGAGGCUGGAGGAGGAGCGGCGAAACCGCACGCCGGAGGAGGAAACGAAGCUGUUCUUCAUGCGUCUGUUCGUCAAUCUGUUAAUCGUCACGGUACUGAUCGGCUGCGGCUUGCUCGUUUACUACAUAAUCGACUUCUCGUUCACUCACCUGUCGGCGCGUUUGGCGAAAGACUACGAGAUAUUCAAUCUCUUCUUCGAAUUCCUUCCGUACAUAUGCAUCGUCGGGCUCAACGUGGCGGUGCCGUUCCUCUUUCGCUAUCUGGUCGCCCUCGAGCAUUACAAUCCAUCGUACGUCGUCGAGGUGACGCUGUACAGGACCAUGUUCUUCAGAUUCGCCUCCCUCGCCGUCCUACUGACGUCUCUGCACGCGCUCGUCGCGGGCAAGAUUCCGGACAACGAAUGCGCCAACAGGCAGAACGAGCAGCCGCUGUGCUGGGAAACGUUCGUCGGGCAGCAGUUCUUCAAGCUGUACACCACCGACAUCUUCAUCCAAUUCUUCAUGACGUUCUUCAUCAACUUCCCGCGCUCGUUGAUCGCGCGUCACACCGAGAACAAGGUCCUGCGCUUCGUCGGCGAGCAGGAGUUCGACCUGCCCAAGCACGUGCUGGACAUCUUCUACUCGCAGACGGUCUGCUGGCUCGGCUGCUUCUUCGCCCCGUUGCUACCCAUGGUCGCCGUGAUCGGGACGUUCCUGCUGUUUUACAUCAAGAAAUUCACCUGCCUGGUGAACAGCACGCCGUCGAAUAGGAUCUACCGCGCCAGCCGGUCGAAUUGCCUGUUCAUGUUCAACCUGCUGCUCUCCUUCGUCCUGGCGAUGAUACCGGUCGGCUACGCCAUCGCGGCGAUCAUGCCGUCGAAAUCGUGCGGGCCGUUCCGAGGAUUGGAGUCCGUGUGGUCGCUGUUGGUCGCGCAGUUCUCGCAGUUUCCCAACUGGCUGCAGUCGACCCUGUGCUUCCUGGGCACGGCCGCCUUCGGCGUACCGGCGUUCGUCAUUCUCUCUCUGCUCCUCUAUUACUAUUACGUGAUGGGAUUGGCGAACAAGCACAUGGUGACGGUGCUGAAGAACCAGCUGGUGUUGGAGGGCCACGACAAGCAGUUCUUACUGAACAGGCUCAGCGCUUUCAUCAAGCAGCAGCAGGAUCAGAACAAGUUUCACCAGGAGCAAGCCAACGAUACGUUUCAACAUGUAUAAAUAGUACGUAACUUGAUUUAAUAUUUCGAUCUUAUGGAUGUACAAAUUUAGCGAAAACACUUUUACUGCGCCGAACCGACGAGUGCGUCGGUUCGAGUUGAUUCGAAUGUACCACUUGACGUUUUGCUUGAGAUUUUUAUAGGUUUUUUUUUUUAUAAGUUUUACUUGUGAAACAUAAGACUGUCGACUUUACAUUAUAUUCUUCUUUAUAUUAUAUUAUACACGAGUGGCACUUAUACGAUAGUUUUUUGAUAUUCUACCGAAUUGGGGAUAAAGGCUGUACACACACCAGACGACAAGGAGCGGGGACAAUACCAAAAAAAAAAAAAAAGAUUAACACGUAUCUUACACACUGCCUGUUGCAGUGUCUUGCAUUUUAUAUAAACUGAUGCUUUUUCGAGACUUGAAUGUAUUACAGUCGCAAUCACUGCCACGAACGUUAGUUUCCGCGAUCAAGUCUUUAGAUCAGUUUGCAGGAACUUCAGACGGGACAUAUCUACACAUUCUAGGAAAUCCAAUCGUCUCAUGUAUAUGAACAAGGAAAAAUGCACAUCCGAGAUCAGGGUACAAAGAAGAAGAAGAAAAAAAGAAAAAAAACGGCGUUGUGCAAGUAUUGUGCAAUAGUAAGGGAAAUCGUGAAUUGUUUGAGUAUUCAUUAAUUCCGUAUAUAAUUUCACGGAUAAAUCGCAUAGAGUCGCGCACGUAUUAAAGAAAAUCUACUUUAGAAUGUAAUCUUCGUCGGGAAUGAUAUAGGUAUUAUAAGCUAAUGUGAUCAUAUACAUGUCUAGCUUUAAAGAGAUUAAAAUCGGGCGAGCGUUCGAAUCUGCCUGUGUCUGCCAUUCGUGGGCGGGAAUCUUCCUAGUUCGCCUAAUAGGCUUCGUUUUGCUGGCCUCCAAGUCUAACAUCGAACAGGCAGGAUGAUUCUCACCCAAUUUAUAUAUAUUCACACACACCCACACACACACACACACAAGUGAUUGAAUUAUGUUUAGCUGAAUAUACGAACAACAGCGACAAGACUAAACGUCCCUCUAUACGGACGGACAUUACUUCCUCAAAUUUACAAUUUAAAGCAGUUAGAGAGCUUUUGCAUGAAUGAAACGAAAUGACAUGCAGCGGACCUAUUUUCUAGCGUAGUUCCUUUAGAUUCUUUAGAAAGAUCUGUAAUGUUACUCUGUAAAUAGGUCCUCUAGAACCUACGAGAAGUUAUUUUACUAGCGAUGUCUAUAUACAUAGUAAGCGUCAGAAAGGGAAGAGUCAGAAAUAUUUUUAUUAUAUUUAUUAUUUCGUUAUCGAGGCUUUAAUAAUUUAGGGUGUAGGAAAACGAACGAAUGUGUAAGAGUUUUUGCAAUUCCAUAUAUAUAUAUAUAAAUACAUUCAGGAUUUUUUUUUAACCGUAGAAAUCUCGUAUACCUCAGUAUUGUUAUACAUAUAACGCCAAAGAUAAUUCAGAUAAUUGAGACUGUAACAAUUUAUUUGUUUCAUAUAUAUAUCCAUUUACGCGAGAUAUUGUGACCGAAUGUACUUCGUUUAAUUAGGAUACGAACACUUUCACGAAUUAUCACUACGACUCUCACGUCAGAUGUGAAAAUGUUUUCCAUUUUUAGCGUUUAGAGAUCAAUUCUGUGAGCAUCGUGCGCACGAUACAUGCUAUCGCAAAUCGAUCAGAUUCUUUGGCCUAAACAAUUCAAUGCACAUACCGAAAAAAAAAA